AUGGAUGAAGGACUCAAUUUAGCACUGGAUAUUGAUGGUAAAGAUGAUGAUCAUGUGUUGAAGAAGGAAGAAAGAAGCAAUAUUAAUGAAGAUUCUAAGAUUGAUCAGCAUGAGACAGACAGAAUGGUUAAGAAAAAGACACAAAGGAUUGCAACACUUGAUGCAUUUAGGGGCCUUACCAUAGUGAUAAUGAUAUUGGUAGACAAAGCUGGUGGAGUUUAUCCAAGCAUUGAUCAUGCGCCUUGGAAUGGAUGUACUUUGGCUGAUUUUGUUAUGCCUUUCUUUCUUUUUAUUGUUGGUGUUGCCAUAGCCCUUGCACUAAAGAGAAUAGAGAAGAUAAAAUAUGCUGUGAAGAAGAUAAUGCUUAGGACAUUGAAGCUUCUGUUUUGGGGUAUACUUUUGCAAGGUGGAUAUUCUCAUGCCCCUGAUGACCUGUCAUAUGGAGUGAACAUGAAAUUCAUUAGAUGGUGUGGCAUUCUUCAGAGAAUAGGUCUUGUAUAUUGUGUUGUGGCUCUAAUAGAGACAUUUACCACUAAGCUUAGACCCUCUACCUUGACUUCUGGACGCAUAGCCAUUUUCACUGCCUAUAAAUGGCAAUGGUUUGGAGGCUUUAUGGCAUUUCUCAUUUACAUGAUCACAACUUUCACUCUCUACGUUCCAGAUUGGAGUUUUGUAGAUCAUGUUAUCGGUGACGAACCAAAGAGAUACACCGUCAUAUGUGGGAUGAGAGGACACAUUGGCCCUGCAUGUAACGCUGUUGGACAUGUGGAUAGGCAAGUUUGGGGGGUUAACCAUUUUUAUUCACAUCCUGUUUGGAGACACUUGAAGGAAUGCACAUUCAGUUCUCCAGGUGAAGGUCCAAUUCGCGAAGAUGCUCCAAGUUGGUGCCGUGCUCCCUUUGAACCUGAGGGCUUGUUGAGUUCCAUAUCAGCAAUCCUCUCUGGCACCAUAGGCAUCCAUUACGGGCAUGUCUUGAUUCAUUUCAAGGGUCAUUCAGAGAGGCUCAAACAUUGGGUCUCGAUGGGAUUUGUGUUACUCACAAUAGCCAUUAUCCUUCACUUUUCAAAUGCUAUCCCAAUUAACAAGCAACUUUAUAGUAUCAGCUACGUUUGUUUCACAGCCGGAGUAGCUGGAAUUGUCUUCUCUGUCCUCUACAUAUUGAUAGAUGUUUGGGGGUUCCGCACUCCGUUCUUGUUCUUGGAAUGGAUAGGAAUGAAUUCUAUGUUAGUGUUUGUGAUGGCAGCUCAAGGCAUUUUUGCAGGAUUUGUAAAUGGAUGGUAUUAUGAAGAUCCAAAUAACUCACUAGUACAUUGGAUCAAGAAACAUGUGUUUGUGAAUGUUUGGAACUCAGAGAGAGUGGGAACUCUCUUAUAUGUUAUCUUUGCAGAAAUUACUUUCUGGGGAGUUGUUGCUGGUGUGUUGCACAAGUUAAAAAUAUACUGGAAAUUGUAA